AUGAAAAUAAAACAAACUGUGCUAGUAUGUGAGCCAAAAGUACUUUGUGGUAACAUUUGCGAUAAUGGAACAGAUAGUACUUGGGAUAAAGAUGUUUGUAGCGGAAAAGGUAUUUGUAGUAGCAAAGAUGCUUGUGGCAGUAAAGAUGCUUGUAGCAGCAAAG